ACAUUGAUUCCAAAGGUCACACAAGACCAAGGAACUUAAAAGAGGCCAAAAGAAUAAAACAAGUGAUAAAGUAUUGAAGAGCUCCUCAAGAUCCACAUGUAGAAGAGAGAACAGAGUUCUAUUUCAGGUGAAUAUAUCUCCAUUAAGGAUGUCCAUUGCUGCCAUACCGGACAAUAAUACAAGAAAUGGCUUCAUGGUGAUGACCCAAGUGAUCCCACCAGGGCAAAAUGCAGUUGGGGCUGGGUCAGGGGUCCCUAUUCUUGGAGUCCCUAAUGUAGGGGUCCCUACUGUUGGAGCCCAUAAUGUAGGAGUUCCUACUGUUGGUGUCCCCAGUGCUGGUGUCCCUACUGUUGGAGUUCCUACUGCCGGGGUCCCCAUUAUCACACCAGUCAGUAAUACUGACACAGUAACAUCUGCUCAAGGCCGAUUUCAGAGAUUUCUCAGAUCGCAGCCAAAAGCUCUUGGGACCGUCCAAAUAAUGAAUGGAGUCAUAACUCUUGUGUUCGGCACCGUGUUGACAGUCAUCGAGCCGCCGUUUUCUGUCUAUACUGGAGUUGUUUACUGGGGCUCCAUAAUCUACAUCAUCGCUGGCUCUCUGACUGUUUCGGCAGCAAACAGGCUUACUCCCUGUUUGGUGAAAGGCUCUCUAGGAAUGAAUGUGUCCAGCGCUGUAGCUGCAGGAAUUGCUGUCUCUCUACUGGCGCUUGACUUUGUAAUAUCUGUAGGAGAAAAUCCUUGCUACCCCAUGUACAACGAAGUUUGCGAGGCUUACCUCCAGUUUUUAGAGCAAACCCAUGGAAUUAGUGGAGUGCUGCUGGUUUUCUCUGUGCUUCAGCUCACUGUCUCCAUCUGCCUCUCAGUGUUUGGAUGCAAGGCCACCUGCUGCACUGAACCAGUGGUCUCUGUUGUAACUGUGGCUCCAAACUAUGCAGCAUGCUGCUCAAUGGUCAAUCCAUUCCAAGCUCACAGCGGUCAACAGGAUGUGUUUUACAUCACAAACCCCAAUGCUGAUGUGAACAAUCCUUUUGCACAACAUCCUUCAGCAUACUGCCCAAACUCACAGAAACCAGAUAACUGAGAAUGAUGGAGGAAAAUUACCUGGAGAUGAGCUACAAGUCCUAACAUACUUUUUGAAGAUGAUUUGUUUUGUGAUCUUUUGAAUAAUUUGUGUAUGAACAAACUUAUAUCACUGCUGUCAUAGUACAACCUAAUUUGCAAAAAAGUUGGGAUGCUAUGAAAAAUAAAUGCAACUAUGUGCAAAUCAUUUAAACCUUAUAUUUAACUGGACAUGCUUCAAUGACACUAUAAAAUGUUGAAACUGAGAAAUUAUAUUGUUUUUUGAAAAAUAUAUGCCCAUUUUGAAUUUGAUGCCUGCAACACAUUCCAAAAAAGUUGGG